CCCCCCCCAGCCGGCAGCAAUAUGCCAUUGGUAGGAAUAUGGCGGCACUUCACUAAACUAUUUCACCGCGAUGCUACCCAUUCGGUUGUGUUUACCAACAUCAAAUAAUAAUCUCGUCGGUAAAAUAUAUUGGGGUCGGCGGACAGCGGCGUUUCAGACGAGCAGAUUGCAGUUGCUGAGCACACGCCUCCCUGCCGCACCGUUCGCCGUGGCGUUUGGAUGGGAUUCCUCCAGGCUCUCCCGCUCCACGGGCUCCAGACAUUCAGGCACAUUUCACCAAAACUCAUCUGAUUAAAUCAGCCUGCGCUGCGAGGGACACGGGCUAGCUCCGGAAGCUGGGAGAGGAGUGCUGAGUGUUUGCCUACUUGAUGAAAAGUGAAGAGAAACAUCUGACUGAGAGAAAAAUAAGCAAAAACAAAAGGCGAAAGAAAACGUUGCAUAUGAAUGAAUGUACCAUACAAAAAAAAGUUCCACGGCUUGCCUUUAUCUUAAAUUCUGAAGACCUGGUGAUGUUUCCUUAGUGGUGCCAAAACAUGGGAAAUUCAGAGAGCCAGAAUUAUGGUGAACGCGCAUUUUCUGGAGAUGAACGUGCAAGUCUGGCACAAAGGCAAAUGUCUCGAUCACUUCGUAUUCCACCUAAACCCUCACACAGAGCCAGGCCUGCUUCUACAGUUAGAAUGGCACACAGAAAUUCAGAAACUAGCACUAAAUCUAGCAGCACUCCGAGCAUCCCACAAUCACUAGCAAGAGAUGAUCUGGACUCACAGAAUCCUGGAAUGCACAGUACCCUGGCAGAAGACUUUACUCAACUUUCUUGGCUGGGUAGGAUGGGUAAAGGUGUGAGGCCUGUGUCUUACCAUACAAGUUCCUCCGUUUCCAGUGACAGACGCGGGACUACUGUGGAUGAACUCGAUAUUUGUUUGGACAAGCACAUUGUGCAAGGUAUGCACAACCUUGAUGAAUUAAGGAUGGAUUCCAGUUCCAAAAGAAAAGUUGGAGAUUUGUUUCCAAUUACCAGAAAUGGAACUAUUGUUUUAGAAAGCACAAGUAUCAGGAAAAAACGAUCCAAAUCUGCUGAUAUGUGGCGACAAGAUAGCAUGGAGUUCUCCCUAUCUGAUCUUAGUCAGGAUCGGUUAAGCAGCACAGAAGAUUUGUUGGAUAAUACAGAUGAUAAAGAGUAUGAUGGAAAUAGACUGAUAAGCAGCAAUUCCAUGGAUUUGGAACAACUAAGUGGAACCCAACGUGCCAACUCUGUAAAUGAACUAUAUGGUGAGAAGCCCACAGGCGCGAGCACAAACAAGACACGGAGAAAUAGGUUUAUGACAUAUUGUCGGAACUUGAGGGCACAUUCACAAGGUACAAUGCAUAUGGAAAAUGUAAGUACUGUUACAUGGACUGGUGAAGAAGAUGCAAGUGCCACCUCUUAUGCUGCCUCCACACUACCCUGCAGGAAGUCCCAUUGCCUUUCUGAAGGAGCCUCUAAGGGACGGUUAAGCCAAAAAAGUGACCAGAAUAGAAGCACACAUGUCAGAAGAUCUAAAACAACACAGGAUGUUACCACAGGAGAUGGAAGUGAAUGUGCAGAUAGUGGUAUUGAUGGUGCAACAACAGAUAAUGACCAUCUCUCCCGCUAUUCCAAUAUUAGCGGUUCAAUGUGCUAUCCAUCUACUUUUAAUCGUGAGUUUGGCUCAGCAGGAGAUGCACUUCGCCUGGGCGUGUAUGAAAAUUUUAGAUGCACAUUGGAGUCAACUGUUAUUAACACGGAGAAUCCAGAAGAAGCAGAAUCAGCCAUGAGUGAUGAACAAAGCAGUGGCACCCUCAGUUCCCCGGGACAGUCAGAUAUUCAUACUACGGACCAAGGCACUGUGCGCAAAGCAGGCUCACUCGCUGUGAAGAACUUUUUGGUCCACAAGAAAAAUAAAAAAGUAGAAUUAGCCACACGAAGAAAAUGGAAAUGUUAUUGGGUAUCAUUGAAAGGCUGCACCUUAUUUUUUUAUGAUGCAGAGGGGAGAUCGGGAGGAGAUCAGAAUUGUGUGCCAAAGCACAUGGUUUGGAUUGAAAAUAGCAUUGUUCAGGCCGUGCCUGAACAUCCAAAGAAAGAUUUUGUCUUCUGUCUCAGUAAUUCGCUUGGAGAUGCUUUCUUAUUUCAGACUUGCAGCCAGACAGAGUUGGAAAAUUGGAUUACUGCUGUCCAUUCCGCAUGCGCGGGUGCUGUAGCAAAGCAGCAUCGCAGAGAAGAUACUGUCAAACUGCUGCAGUCAGAGAUGAAGAAGCUAGAACAGAAAAUUGAUAUGGAUGAAAAAAUGAAGAAAAUGGGGGAUAUGCAGUUGUCUUCAGUUAAUGAUCCGAAAAAGCGAAAGACUAUACUUGAUCAGAUCUUUUUAUGGGAACAAAAUCUAGAACAAUUUCAGAUUGAUCUUUUCCGAUAUCGUUGUUAUAUGGCAAGCAUUCAAGGUGGAGAAUUACCAAACCCGAAAAGACUUCUUGCAUUUGCAAGUCGACCAACCAAACAUGCCAUGGGUCGUCUAAGUAUUUUUUCAGUGUCAUCCUUCCACGCCCUGGUGGCAGCUCGAACUGAACCUGGCUUGAAAAAACGGACUCAGGCAAUUUCCAGAUCAGUCAGCAAACGGCGCAACAGAUUUUCUUCCCUCUGGGGAUUGGAUACAACUUCAAGAAAGAAAGCAAAAGAACGGCCCAGCAUUAACCAGGACAAUCCUGAGGGCGCCCAGCUUCUGCUCCAAUUCCCUAAGGUGGUCUGUAAGGAGCUGCAGCUAGACGUACCUCCCACAGGUGUAGUUCUCAGGCUGUUUGGUGACAGUGAAGCAACACUGAAGAAAUCUUUGGAAGGCAUCUUUGAUGAAUGUUCAUCAGAUACCAGUAGAGAGAAGAGCCUGACCACAAGUAUUCGGCAACAAACAACUGGGAGUGACAACUGGGUUAUGGAUUGCCUCGCACCUUCAUGGGUCUGUUUACCAGAUGAUCAACCCAUAUUGGCUGUAAUACAUCCAGGAAACACGGCACAAGAUAUUCUUGAGGAAGCCUGUAAGGCACAUCAUUUGGAGCCAGGUGGUCACUACGUUCGUUUGAAGUUCACAAUGAAUAAUCACAUUCAAUAUUAUAUACCUAAACAAGAGGAUAUUCAUGAAUUGUUGUAUCAAGAAAUUGAAAUUUGUCCAAAGAUUACACAUCAUGUUCAAUUUGACAAGUCUGAUACUUCUGUCAGUUAUGGAUUUUGUGUAUCUUUAGUUGAAGAAGAAGAGUCAUACCGAAAAAUGAUUAUUACAGAUGUAAAAGAAGGAGGUCUGGCUUCAUCUAAAGGUCUAAAAGCAGGCGAUGAAGUAUUGGAAAUUAAUAAAAUGAAAGCACAAGAUCUGGUUGUCUCUGACCUGAAGACCAUCUUGUCUGCACCUUCACUUUCUCUCACUGUACGUACUUAUGGUCAACCAGAAGAUGGGCAUAUAUGCAUCUCACCUCUGCGAAAGACAGGAACGGCAGAUGAAUUGCGUGAUAGUGGAUUUGUUUCCGGCCAUCAAGAAAUAUUGGGCAACCAUACCAAACCUCGCUAUGAUAAAGAUGGACUCCCUGCUUUACUUGAGACUGAUGUGGCAUGUAAGAGCACAGAACAAGUAACAGCAUUUUGCCGUGGUUUGCAUGAAUUAAGCCCACCCGACAUGACAUCACAACCUUUGGAAUCUUUACCGCACCAUAUACCAUCUCGACAACUCACUGAUGCAGACAAACUGCGCAAGGUUAUUUGCGAGCUGGUGGAAACAGAACAAACAUAUGUAAAGGAUCUGAAUUGUCUCUUGGAGAGAUAUUUAAAACCACUGCAGAAAGAAAUUUUUCUUACUCAAGAUGAGCUUGAUGUACUUUUUGGAAACUUGAGAGAAAUGGUUCAGUUCCAAGUGGAAUUCUUGAAAACGCUAGAAGAUGGUGUAAGACUGGUUUCAGAUCUUGAAAAAUUGGAAACGGUUAAUCAGUUCAAGAAAGUACUUUUCUCAUUAGGUGGUUCAUUCCUGUAUUAUGCUGACCGCUUCAAGUUAUACAGUGCUUUCUGUGCAAGUCAUACAAAAGUUCCCAAGGUCCUUGUUAAAGCCAAGAUAAAUCCAGCUUUUAAGGCCUUCCUGGAUGCCCAAAAUCCGAAACAGCAGCAUUCAUCAACUUUGGAGUCCUAUCUGAUCAAACCUAUUCAGCGCGUCCUGAAGUAUCCCCUUCUUCUGAAGGAGCUGAUCACUCUUACCGAUCCGGAGAGUGAGGAACAUUACCAUUUAACAGUGGCAAUGAAAGCUAUGAACAAAGUAGCAAGUCACAUAAAUGAGAUGCAGAAAUUACAUGAAGAAUAUGGUGCUGUAUUUGACCAGCUUAUAGCUGAGCAAACGGGAGAGAGGAAAGCGGUUGGGGACCUAUCAAUGGGAGAUCUUCUUCUUCAUUCGACAAUUAGUUGGCUCAAUCCACCAUCAUACUUUGGAAAGUGCAAAAAAGACCCCGAAUUGGCAGCUUUUGUGUUCAAAGCUGCAGUUGUUCUUAUCUAUAAAGAUGGUUUUAAACAGAAAAGGAAACUGGGAAACAUUUCCCAGAGGGUGACUGUUUCCGAUGAUCGUGAUCCUUUCCGAUUUCGCCAUAUGAUUCCCACACAAGCUUUGCAAAUUCGAUCAGUAACCUCUACAGAUGCAGAGACUGACUGUGUCUUCGAAGUUGUUCACACUAAAUCUGAAUCAGAAGGAAGACCAGAGACAACCUUUCACUUCUGCAGCAGUACUCCUGAGAACAAGCGGGAUUUUACCAAAGCGGUUCAGUCUAUUCUUCGUGAUAAACAGCGAAGGCAGCUUCUCAAAACUGAAAGCUUGCCUCAAUCUCAGCAAUACAUGCCUUUUGGAGGAAAACGACUAUGUGCACUAAAGGGAGCAAGACCAGUUGUGGACCGAGCUGUUUCAGUACCUUGCAGAAGCCUUGGUAAAAAAAGACUAUCCAGGAACAGAUUCACAAUUGAUGCAGAUGACCUGUUUGGACGCAGCCAAAAUAAUGCGACUUUGCAGUCAUCGGUGACCAGCAACGACACUGAUCGCUGGGUGGAGGAGCAGUUUGACCUUGCCAAGUAUGAGGAACAGGGAGACGUUAAAGAGACCGAUAUUCUAAGUGACGAUGAUGAGUAUUGCCAGUCGGUGAAAAGUUUGUCAUUGUCAAAAGAUUUACAAGAGCAGCUAAAAGCAAUCAGCUUCACAAAAGAUGGACAUAACGAGAAUGGCAAACUAUCCACGAAUAGGACACCAGACAGCUCACCAUCAAAGAUGAGAUUUGCUAUGAAGCAAAGACCUGCAGCUGGAGCUAAUGGCAUUGUGGAAAACAAUGUAGCAGAAGUAAUCUGGGUAAAACGUGAAGACUUCAAUUCAAUAAAAAAAGAAAAUGAUGAAAACUAAGAUGCAGACAUGUUUCUUCACGUAUGCCCAUCAGGCACAUUUAGUGCUGAUUCAUCAUGACAUAUUAAUUACCAUGGAGAUGAUUCCUUUGAAUAUUUCGAUGGAUAUACACAUGGAGGUAGUUGGAAUAAUUCAGAAGCCAGACUUCCAUCCACCUGUAUUAAGAAUUAUAUGAUUGAACAGACAAAAUGAUGAACAAUUUUUUGACUUCAUUCUACACUCCUACAAUUUCCUGUACAAAGGGCUUUAAUGUAUGAUAUUUAUUAUCGUGGCAGUGCAAAAAUAUAAUUUCAUUUUUAGUUUAUAUUAUGGGUGUUUCACUCAACAAAGCUACUAUAUCUGUUACAAAAUUACUUUGUACCUUUUACAGAAAACUGUGGAUUUCAUCUAUCUCUUUGGGAAAUAUUAUCUGUGCAGAAUAUGGCAAAAUAUGGUUACCAAUUUGUAAUCAUGCAGCUUCCACAUUGGUGUGAAUCAGGUGUUUAUAUGAACAAAUGAAGAGCAGCAGGCUUCGAAUAAUUAACUUUUACAAACUACCAUAGAGAAUCAUUCUACUACCAAUAUGUCCAAUGGUACUUAUAUUAUUGCUGUAUUCAUAUUUGUACAUAUUUUCAGGCUUUAAUGCACAUCAGAAGUUGCCUAAUAUAUUUCUUUUGUAAGCUGGAAGAAAUUCUAUUUUUAUGUUUUUAGGUUCAUUGACUUUAUGAAUUGUAAAUGCUCCUCAAACAUAAUAAAACACAUGAAACUAGGA